AAAUAUAUUUACUAAUCUCUAUUAUCAUUUAAAAUAUUAUUAUGUCAAAUGCCAUUAACGAUAAAAUUGCAUCUCACAUUUUUAUAACUAACGCUAUACAAUGGAAGAUAUAAUAUUCAACAAUGAAAACACUUGCAUUAUAUUUUGAAACAAAGCUUUAUGAUCAUUGGGCCAUGUUAUAAUAAAAAAUAUCAAGAAUGCAAUAUGUAUGGUCAUAACCAAAUCAUUAAGGUCCAAUCUAAAUGAGAUCGUCCAAGGCCAAGGUAGGCCUAUAUGUAAUUUAAUAUUAGUCUAAUUAGAGGGGGCAUAGGCUUAAGUAUGAUCUUUAUUAAGUAGGCCCAUUUGAAACUCAAAUAUUUCAUUUAACUAACACUAAUUAGAAAAUUAGACCUAAGGCCUAGGCCUACUCUAGCCGUCUAGCCCUAAACCAGCUAAAUAAUUAAUUUUGUUUUCAAGAUAUAUUAUUAUUAUUAUUAUUAUUCAUUAUCGUUAUUUAUGUUGUAAUUAUUUAAAAUUAUUAUAAGUUAUAGUUAUAGUUAUAGACUAUAAUAAUAAUUAUUAUUUUAAUUAUUAGUUAUGUAAGGAUUAGGACCUAGACCCAAGUCUAAGUAAAAGUUAUAAUUAAGUUAAGUAAGUCAGGUCAAAGUCUGCCCUGACUGUGGACUGUACUGUAUUGGACAAUUGGUACCGUGAGAGACUCCUGAGAGACUCCGAGACUCCUGAGAGACUCCGGCAUAGCCUACUUGUAUCGUUAGCUUCAAUUAUAAUUAAAUGAUUUAUUGUGAUAGAUGAUUAAUGAAUUAAUUUUAGCAAAAGUAAAACUUUUUACAAGAACAAGAGAUACUCCUUUGCCCUCAUUGCCUCAUUCCAGACUCAUCUCAACUCUCAUCUGCAUUACUUUAAACCUUAAGCUUAAACCUUAAACUUAAACCAAAUUAUUGUUGUAAUGCAAAGUUUGAUCUUUACUUCUUUAAACCAUAAUUUAUGAAACUAUAAUUGAUAAUGUCUUUGUUAAUAUUAAUAAUAUAGUUGAUAUGGACCCUUUAAUAUUUUUUAUUGAUGUUUAUUUUAUAUAGCCCUAAUUAUAUGAUUAAGUAAGUUAUGAAGCGAUAAAAUAUAACUGUACUUUAUCAACCAAUUUGAACAAAUUAUUCUAAGGUCAAAAUUGUUGGAUAAUUGUAAAAAUGUUGUCUUGUUUAGGGGACAAGAAAUGGCUCAGUCAGAAUUUGGCCCAAAUGAUAUAGUCAUCCAUUUGGUGAACCCUUACAAAUGUGGUGGAUGUGGAGCAGAAUUCUGUUCUCGCUUGUUAUUUCUUGUAAGUCUAACUCUCUAGUUUCAUGCUUGUAUUUUUGUUAUAAAAAUAUAAAGGUACAUUAAUUUUUUUGAUACCAAUUAAUGCCAAUAAAAGAAAUGCAUAAUAAUUAGACAUAUUAGAAAUAAUUGUAACUGUAGGAUAAAGUUUCAUUAAAAAAAAAAAUUGAUACAGAUUUGAAAAUGUUAUAUGGUUAUCAAACAUUAUGGCAUUUAAUAUAUUUUUAAAAUAAUUGUUUCUUAAGGAGCACCUGCAGGACCAUAUAGAAAAGUUGAAAGUAGAAACACCUUGCAACCAGAUCAUCUGUACGAUAAACUUGGUGGACCAACAGCCAAAUGAUAUCACUGUUACUCGGGACAUUCUACAAAUCAAUGAGCACCAGGUAUAUUUGCUAGAUUACUUGGUCUAAAUUUGCUUAUUUCUCAGAAUGUAACGAGAUUUUUUUUCAUUGUCUUCCAUAUUUAAAAAAAAAUUGUUUUAUGAUAUAAUUCAUAAGUCAGAAUCAAUGUACAUACUAUAUAAUACACAUGUGCUCACAUUUUUAUAAUUUUGAUUCUUUAUCAUUGCACCAAUAUUUGGAUUGGUAAAUCAUCUUAAUUUUUUAAUUCAUUAAUGAUAUUGAUGAUUAUGAAAAAUUCAUUUUCUUUUAAAAAAAGUGAGUUUUUUUUUCUUUUCCAUAAAUAGAUGUUUGAGCUUCAGGAUCCUUCUCUGGAUUACACUCAGCUGCCUCCCCUUAAGAUAUUAGAGCAAGCCGGCAUUCUCAAUCUACCACCACCUCGACCAGUCAUCAGACCCCCUCCACCAAAGUUCGUCCACAAGGAAGCACCAAUCAUACUCACUGUUGGUGAGGACUCUGUCAAGUCUGAAGGGAAAAAGAUAUCCUUGCUUUCAAAUCAGUGCAUCCAGCAGCUGAAAAAAUCCCAAGAGGACACAGCCAUUCAUGUGCAGGUGGUCAGUGACCCUAAUAUGAAAUAUGAUGAGGCUCAGAUAUGUGUCCAACAGGUGAUUGAUGGGGAGAAUAUCACAGAUUUAGAUGCCAUUGUCCAGCAGGCUUUCUUCAUGGAUGGGAAAAUCAAGGAGGAACUCAGCAUUACUGUUGAGGCACCCACACAAACUGAUGUCGAAACCGUAUUUGCUGAUGGGGCUCCUGAGGACAAGACCUUUGACGCGUCGAGGGCGUCGAGGGAUAAACCACCAAAGCCUGGCGGAGUCAGCUGUCCUGUUUGUUUCAACACUUUUGCUAAUGCAAGCGUUCUGGCCAGGCACCGGGUCAUUCACUCUGGAGCAAGGCCUCACCCUUGCAUAAAGUGCUUCAAGCAGUUCAACGACAUCAGCACCCUGAGAAAACACAUGUUGAUCCACAGGCGGCAGCACCGCUGUCCCAUAUGUUACAGAAUGUACUUGCAGAUGUCUCAGCUGAACGUUCAUCUAAGACAGCAUUCUAAAAGAAGAUUCAUACAGUUCGGUAACAUCUUUCAUGAGGUCAGGGUAGAGGUCACAAGAAAUGCGGAGGGUCAGCAGGUGCAGGAGUACAGUUUGUUAAUUUUGUUGACGGAUGAUGAAAGGGCUCAGGUUAAAAAUACAAUGUCUCUUGUGAAACCAGAGAACGGCUUUCAAGAACAAGGCAGAUCUGAAGUAUCCCAAGAGGAUUUGGCGGGCACCAUUCCAGAUACUGCAAGCCCUGCUCCAGAAAGUGAGGAGACUGCAGUGAAGAUUUCUGAAGGAAAUGGAGAAGAUUUAACCAAAUCUGAUUUAGAAUCUGCAAGUCUUGGUGAUCAGAAGAAGAAAGUGAUUUAUAAGUGUGGCCACUGCAAGAAGCUGAUCUUCACCAGACCAACACUGUCCAGACAUCUGAUUAAACACACCGACACCCGCCCCUUCCACUGUGAUAUAUGUCCAAAGUCGUUUAGGGACAAGGCGGAUCUGUUCCACCACACCAAGACCCACACCAAACCUGUCCAGUGCAACAUGUGCAGCUCUUCAUUUUCCAAAGUUUUAUACUUGCAGAACCACCUGCUGAAAGGCUGCCCGAUUUCCAACAACGAUGAACGCUUCACUGUCCUCGAUAAUUUGAAGUGUCAGUGCAAUGUUUGCAAAAGAAUUCUCAAGAACAAAGCCAACGUCCUGAGGCAUUUGCGUGUGCAUGCAUUUCAGGAGAAGCAGAAAAUGGAGCAGAGCCAUAAUGCAGUUCUGGCUGCUGAUAGCUCAUUUAUAGCUGACCAGCUUUCUCAGAAUAUAGAGGAUCACUUCAAAGGUCUGGACACUUCUGUAGGCUUUCAGUGUCUGAUAUGUGGGCAGGAAUUCAGGUUUAAGAGUUUUAUGAUCACUCACGUGCGCAUGCACUUGAACCAGCGGCCUUACAAGUGCGACCAGUGUCCCAAACGAUUCUUUGCACAUCACAUGUUGAAGAAACAUCUGCAGAACCACACCAGGCCUUACAAAUGCCCGGUGUGUGAGAAAGGAUUCAUCAGGCGUUACUUGAUGAAAGAUCACUUCAAGAAGAUUCAUGAACGUGAAAGCCAUGUGGACCUUAUGAAGGAUAUCACAGAGCUAUACGGCCAGAAGUUAAUCCAGUGUGACAUUUGCGGCAAGACCAUGAAGUCGUAUCAGAAAAGUCUCAUGCAGCAUCAUAUACGCCAGCACAAGGAUGUCCGACCAUUUGCGUGCAAGUUUUGCAAAAAGUCUUUCACCAGCGAAAAUGCUCUGAAGAAGCACGGUCUGAACCACAGCAAGCCUUACGUUUGUCAGGUCUGUAAUAGAGGAUUCUCCAGAAGGUAUUUGCUUACAGAACAUUUUCAAAAUCAGUGUUCCAGAAAAAAAGGUUUGAACGUGUCAAAAUAUGUUAAGCAAGACAAAGGCAGCUCCAUAUCAAGUAAUCUCCCUUGUGAUUCCAGAGCAGAAGAUGUAGGCCAUCAAAAAAUGGCAGAGAGCGUCCGUUACGAGCCGCCGGUAAUUACUGAAUUCAAUACAAGCACCUCUGCCACGGUUUACACGUGUCAGCCCUGUGAUAAAAAAUUCACAAUCUAUGACACGCUCAUUCGACACAUCAACACGUUUGCCAAGUCGACCCCAUGCAAGUACUGUGGCACCGUGUUUGAGGACAAGCACCUGACCGUGGGCCAUCAGAGAUCUUGUCUUGGUAUUCCUAUAGAUCCGGCCCAGAAGGCAUCAAACAGAGACACCAGUAAGAAGAUUCUAGGGGAGCAGCAAGAAAAGGUGCAGAAAAUAGUUAAGGAAAUAGCAGAGAAAAUUGAACUGAUCUCUGCAAAAUCUACUUCUACUGAGCUUGGCAAGGAAAGACAACCGACAGAAGGGAAUCAGACCGUGACUGAGGACAGUUCUGUAACCUUGAAUGAUGAUCCUAAAAGUGCACGCCCAAGAGCAACGCACGCUGCUUCUCAGAGCACACCACUGACCCGAACAUUGGUCAUACUGAACGAAGAGAAAGGUAAAUUCCAGUGUCCAGAAUGUGAGAGGAGUUUCUCUAGCCUGAGAGGAAUGAAGAUUCACGCCAGCAGUCACGUCAGACUGUACAAGUGUGAGAUCUGCAACAAAGACUUCACCCAGAUAGCCAGACUGAGAACCCAUUCCCAGAUGCACAAGGACGAGGGAGAUGAUGUAGAGCUGUCGGCACCACUCGGGUAUGAUUUAAAUGAGAACGUCACAUCUUCUCAGCAAGAAGAUGAAGACAAAGAAGACUCGAGUGAAGCCAGCACUUCCAAAGCUGACAGAGCGUGCACCAUUAAAAGCCAGACUCCGGGACGCAAGAGGCGGAAGACACACGCUGAAGAGGACAUGGACAGUGACGAUGAUAAAAUGGCAGAUGCAAAGGUGACGCUCAAGGAGCUGGAGGUCGUCAACCAGCGACUGAUGAAUUCAGGAACCAGAGGUCGGCCUUACAGCUGUAAGAUGUGCCGUAGAAGAUUUACAGAGGCCAGCGGCCUGGAAGGUCAUAUGGCACAGAUACAUGGGGUCAAGUCAGAAAAAAAUUAAUUAAGUAUUUAAAUCAUUCAAGUAUAUCUCUGUGUAUAUUAAUUUAUUUUUAAAAAAAAUAUGUUACUAUAUGAAAUUGGAAAUGUUAACAUUUAUUAGUAAUAAACAUAUGUUACUAUAUGAAAUUGGAAAUGUUAACAUUUAUUAGUAAUAAACAUAUGUUACUAUA